CUGUAUUUUCUGCUUUUCAAAAUGGAUGAAAUCGGACUGAAGGGACUCAGAAAGAUCUUGCAAUUGACCAGCUCUCAGGUUGCCGUUGCACUCCUGAAAGUAUUCACCUCUGAAGAAUCACAAAUAAAGCUAAAAGAAGCGUGGAGUCAUCUUUACGGUGAGGAGUUUGUAGAAAAUCUCCUUGUGAAAUCUUUUGAAAGAUGGCAACCAAUGCUUAAACAAUUCAGUGAAACCUACGAAGCUAGUCUGCAGAAGAAGAAAUCACAAUCGGAGACAAAACGAACAACAGUAUGCAGACCAUUCAAACUCACACAACCGCUUCCACGAGGCAUUCCAAUUCCAUGGCCGAUUGCAAACAUGGAGAAAGCGCGCCCGGUACCCCGGAGUGUAUUUGCCCAACCAAAGGAGUUUCAAAACAUAGAGGAGCAGAAAAAGCAAAACCGUGAACGAAUCAAAGAACUUUGUCUGGAAAGCGAUGCAAAGCAACCUUCGUGUGCUCGCCUGUCCAAGCGCAAAAAGAAGAAACCAGAAUUCUAUCGCUCAUCCAUGUUUAAGGCCCAACCAGUAAAACGAGUCAACAACAAAGCCGAUGUUCGUUUGAAUACAGCUAGUAUUGUACGAGAAUGGGAGGUAUACAAGAAAAUAGAAGAAGAGCAGGAGAAAAAAUUUUGUGACCUUGAAGCCGGGGCAUUUGACUGCAUUGCAUAUAAGAGCUGGAGGUCAGAACAGGAGAAACGGAAAAUCAGUGACCGUCAGGCAUUAGCUGAGAAGCUCCGGCUAAGCAGCUUGCUGAGCCGCGAAUCCGCUUUCCACGCAAAACGAAAGCUUCUGCAGGAAAAGCGUAUUAAUGCGUCGUCUUUAGAGGAAGAAAGUCACAGACUACAGGAGCAACUUGAAAGGACAAACAAGGCCGAGCUUAUAAAGGCUUCUAGCGUUGCAAAAAUCGUGAAGGCCAAUAGAAGAGGCGUAAGGCUCGCUGCGCGAAAGGUUCAAGUUGACAAGAGAAAUACAGCAAAACUGGUGGAUUAUGAAAAGCAGAGGGAUCAUGAAAAGAUAAAUGAGCAAUUGGUGGAGGAUAGACGGAGGAAGGCGUCCAUUAUCAAGCGGAUUCGAUCCGAGGAAGAAGCCUGGUUGCUCCAGAAGGAGAAUUAUCCUAAACCGUAUGACCCAACGGAUAUUCCGGGACACGGUCUUCUGAGUGAAAUGUCUUUGGCCGAAUUAAAGGAGCGGCUCUUUCUCCUGAGACAACAAAAUUCGAUCACUUUGGCCGAUAAAAUAAACGACAUAAAGUGUCAACGACAAACCAAGAGUGAAAAUAUCACUGAGCUCCAGAAACUCAUAAGUUGUUUUAGGAAUGCAAAAACGACUUCAAGAAAACGUCAGAAGAACUGUGAGGGAGGGAAGGAAGAUUUGUACGAUUCGCACCCAGAAUUAAAAGACCUCGCUCAACUGUUACUAAAAAGACGGAGAGAGCGUCAGGAACUUCAAUCUGCGAAAGCCUUGGUGAAAAUAAGUCGAUAGAAAUAACCGUAGCCAGUACAAGAAGUUUGUCAAAAUGAAACUAUUUGAACGAAAUGCUGAGCUAUUUCUAUCUGUCUAAUGAGCAAUCCAAAUAGACCGUCAGUCAAAAGAAGGCGGAAUGAAGGACUGGGUUAACGUUUACUAAAUAACAUUUUUUAAUACAUUCAUGUCGUUUUUUACUUACGCGUAUAUUUCACAUAACCCAAGGUACUGUUCAGCCACUAAAGUACAGAAAAUGCAGCAUACAAUGACCG